AUGGGCAUCGUGCAAAUUGCGCUGGGAGCUGCUCGCAAGUGGAGUCCGGCGCGGUGCGCUACGACUGUAUGGAUCUGUGUGGUGCUGCGAAAAGAAGAGGUUUGGGAAGAACAUUUGCAACGGGUGCUUGAACACAGGCAGGCAAGUGCAAAUGAUUCCGGUAUUGGCUUCAAUCACGCUCCAAAUAGUUGCGGGAAUUGGUCCACCUGUGUCUAUCAGUUUGUGGCUUGGGAAGAGGAAGGCCUUCUAGGUAGUGAUCGUACUGGUGGAAUCUUUGUCGGCGGCGGAACUGACAAGUGUAGUGGUUCGGAUAAUGGUGGUUACGCAGACACUGUAUAG